AUGAACAGUCAGAAUAUUCACAACUUGGAGCAGAGUUCCAAUAAUCCAAGUUCCAACAACGAAAGCUCCAACAACGAAAGCUCCAACAACGAAAGCUCCAACAACGAAAGCUCCAACAACGAAAGCUCCAACAACGAAAGCUCCAACAACGAAAGCUCCAACAACGAAAGCUCCAACAACGAAAGCUCCAACAACGAAAGCUCCAACAACUUAAGCUCGAAUAACCUAAGCUCGGAUGACCUAAGCUCGAACAACCAAAGCAGUGAUAGUGCCCGAGUCUCUGGUUACGAGACUCCGAACACAGAUCCCCUAUUCACUAGAUACGCCGAGGAUUCGGAUUACUACAGAAGUUUUGUCGAAAAACUUCUGGAUCUGGUUUGCAAUGAGGAUCAAGAGACUGUAGCCCGGUUAGUCUCUAUCAUCCGUUCUGGUGCCUCCCAACGAGAGAUCCUCGCCGUGAUUUCUGAAAUGCAGAAUGGAAACAACCACUUUGGGGAAAAUGGUGUCACGGGAUCCUAA